AUGAUUUCCAAGCCUAUUUUGCCCAAGGUUGUCUGGGGGUAUGAUUUUCUGCCGCAGAUGGCAUGCCACAUGUGGUCCUUCGUGAUUGCUUGCUUUAUCCUCCUGCACACGGGCGGGGAGGAGUGGAUGGCCUUCAUCUCCUUUGCAUCAGCAAUGCUGAUCGUUGCCAACCUCGCAACUGUGGGAUUCUCUUUGAAUCUCUGCGCGCCAGCAGUUGCCCUGCUCUGGGAGUUCAACUACCUCCUCGAACACGUUGAGUCCUGA